UUGGAGGUAUAUACUUGUUAUUUUCGUAUCUUAAAGUAAAAUAAUCGUGAAAUGGAUGUAUUUAUUGAAACUGUAAAGAAAUACCCAAACUUGUGGGACGUUAACGACGCGACUUUCAAAGAUUUUAGCCAGAAAAAUGGGUAUUGGCAGAAAGUCGCCAAGGCAACUGGCCUUCCUGGUGCCAGUGAAGCGAAAUUACAAUGGAAAAGGUUGCGUGACUGCUACAGAGAAGCAUUGCGACGUAGAAAAAUUACAAUUGAAAGAGGACUCCCUGUUCAUGGUCGGUGGAAAUAUGAACAUUUAAUGGAGUUCUUGCUACCAUUGCCGGAGAGAAAGGAGAAACAACAUUCAAACAAAAAUUUUACACCAGAAUUUGAAAUAAACCUUGAUACAGAACCUAUAGUUACGUGUAAUCGGGUAAUACCCGCUCUACCGACAUUGGAGAACCUAAAUACUGAGAAACUACUGACACGAUUCAACACUGAGAACAUUGAGAAUACGAUACAAAUAGAAAGAGUUAAAAGACGUGAACUCAGACGGAAGGAAAGGCAACAAACGAGACAAGAAGCGGUGGAGGCGAACCGUUUCGAUAAUGAUGCGAUAACUGAAUUAUUUUCUAGUCUAUGUCGGAAAACUAAAGAGCUUCCCAAAUAUUUACAAUUAAGAGUACAGAGAGAAAUUUUCGAAUCUGUUUCUCGGGCAGAAGAGGAAGCUUUGACAUUUGAGCAGACCAUAGCAUGUAAUAGUCCAAUGUCUUCUACAUCGUCAUAUGAAUAUCAGCAUCUUAGGCCCGGUUCUUCCACGAUGAUCCAGCCUAAAGAAGAAAUAGAUAUUGAUGAGACUGUGUUAAUUUUAGAUUAAAACGAUCGACAGAACUUAAAUGAGAAUUUGAGAGGAAACACUACAAAGAUCAUCACUAUCACC